GCCCGGUGCGCGGAGCUGCGUGAGGUCCUUCGGGUGCCCUCAGCCGCGGGGCGCGUGUGGGAGCCCCGGUGCUGGGCCUGCGGAGGUCGCAACCACACCGUAAACCGAACCCGCGCGGUGUGGGAUCCGGCUCACAGAUAGGGCCCCCAGCGAGCCUUUUCCAGCCCCCCCGUCGCCCAGGCCUAGGAACUGUUGGGAAGCCCAUCCGCCUCCUGGCCAACCAUUUUCAGGUUCAGAUCCCUAAGAUCGACGUUUAUCACUAUGAUGUGGAUAUCAAACCAGAAAAACGGCCCCGAAGAGUGAACAGGGAGGUGGUGGAUACUAUGGUGAGACACUUCAAGAUGCAGAUAUUUGGUGACCGGCAGCCUGGAUACGAUGGGAAGAGGAACAUGUACACUGCACACCCGUUACCCAUCGGCAGGGACAGAGUGGAUAUGGAGGUGACACUUCCAGGAGAGGGGAAGGACCAGACUUUUAAAGUGUCCAUUCAGUGGGUGUCAGUCGUCAGCCUUCAGUUGCUGCUGGAAGCUCUGGCAGGGCAUUUGAAUGAAGUUCCUGAAGAUUCUGUACAGGCACUUGAUGUAAUUACACGGCACCUUCCCUCCAUGAGGUAUACUCCUGUGGGUCGCUCCUUUUUUUCCCCCCCUGAAGGCUAUUACCACCCUCUGGGUGGUGGCAGGGAGGUCUGGUUUGGUUUCCACCAGUCUGUCAGACCUGCCAUGUGGAACAUGAUGCUCAACAUUGAUGUAUCAGCAACUGCUUUCUAUCGUGCUCAGCCUAUCAUUGAGUUCAUGUGUGAGGUCUUGGACAUUCAGAGCAUCAGUGAACAAACCAAGCCUCUGACAGACUCCCAGCGUGUCAAGUUUACCAAAGAAAUCAGAGGUCUAAAAGUAGAGGUUACUCACUGUGGCCAGAUGAAGAGAAAAUACCGAGUUUGCAAUGUUACUCGUCGACCAGCCAGUCAUCAGACGUUUCCUCUGCAGUUGGAAAAUGGGCAGGCUAUGGAGUGUACAGUAGCUCAGUAUUUUAAGCAGAAGUACAGUCUGCAACUAAAAUAUCCUCAUCUUCCUUGUCUGCAAGUAGGGCAGGAGCAGAAACACACAUACUUACCGCUUGAGGUGUGUAACAUAGUGGCAGGCCAGAGGUGUAUCAAGAAGUUAACAGACAAUCAGACAUCAACUAUGAUAAAAGCAACUGCGAGAUCUGCGCCGGACCGACAGGAGGAAAUCAGCAGACUAGUGAAAAGUAACAGUAUGGUUGGUGGACCUGAUCCAUAUCUGAAGGAGUUUGGUAUUGUUGUCCAUAAUGAAAUGACUGAGUUGACAGGCAGAGUUUUGCCAGCGCCAAUGCUGCAAUAUGGAGGCAGGAACAAGACUGUGGCCACACCAAACCAAGGUGUGUGGGACAUGAGAGGGAAACAGUUCUAUGCUGGCAUUGAGAUUAAAGUUUGGGCUGUUGCCUGUUUUGCUCCUCAAAAACAAUGCAGGGAAGACUUACUAAAGAGUUUUACAGACCAGCUGCGUAAGAUCUCCAAGGAUGCAGGGAUGCCGAUCCAAGGCCAACCCUGUUUCUGUAAAUACGCCCAGGGUGCAGACAGUGUGGAGCCCAUGUUUAAACAUCUAAAACUGACUUAUGUUGGUCUGCAGCUGAUCGUGGUGAUUCUACCCGGAAAGACACCCGUGUAUGCUGAAGUAAAGCGGGUUGGUGACACUCUUCUUGGCAUGGCCACUCAGUGUGUUCAGGUAAAGAACGUGGUGAAAACCUCACCACAAACGCUGUCCAACCUGUGUCUGAAAAUAAAUGCAAAGCUUGGAGGAAUCAACAAUGUGCUCGUACCUCAUCAAAGGCCCUCAGUGUUCCAGCAGCCAGUGAUCUUUCUGGGAGCAGAUGUCACUCACCCUCCUGCUGGGGAUGGAAAGAAGCCUUCCAUAGCUGCUGUGGUGGGCAGCAUGGAUGGCCAUCCCAGCCGUUACUGUGCCACGGUGCGAGUGCAGACCUCCCGUCAAGAGACCUCCCAGGAGCUGCUGUACAGCCAGGAGGUGAUACAGGACCUGACAAACAUGGUGCGAGAGCUGCUGAUACAGUUCUACAAAUCCACACGUUUCAAGCCUACGAGAAUCAUUUACUACAGAGGAGGAGUAUCAGAAGGGCAGAUGAAGCAGGUAGCUUGGCCAGAACUUAUAGCAAUCCGAAAGGCCUGUAUUAGUUUGGAAGAAGACUACAGACCAGGAAUAACCUACAUUGUUGUGCAGAAAAGGCAUCACACCAGGCUGUUCUGUGCUGACAAAACUGAAAGGGUGGGUAAGAGUGGCAACGUACCAGCGGGCACCACUGUGGACAGCACCAUCACGCACCCUUCUGAAUUUGACUUUUACCUCUGCAGCCACGCAGGAAUUCAGGGAACCAGCCGACCCUCCCACUACCAGGUCCUGUGGGAUGACAACUGUUUCACUGCAGAUGAGCUACAGCUGCUGACCUAUCAGCUGUGUCACACGUACGUGCGCUGCACGCGAUCAGUCUCUAUUCCAGCACCUGCAUACUAUGCCAGACUGGUAGCAUUUCGGGCCAGAUACCAUCUUGUGGACAAGGAUCACGACAGUGCUGAAGGCAGCCACGUGUCAGGACAGAGCAAUGGCCGUGAUCCUCAGGCUCUGGCAAAGGCAGUGCAGAUCCACCACGAUACUCAACAUACCAUGUAUUUUGCUUGAGAGCAUUUGGGGAGAUGAGGCAAAGCCAACAACUCAUUCAGUCCUGACAUGUUUUCAAUGCCUACUGCUAUAGCUAGGGCCCGGUUCCUUUCAGACUGCCCACUACCAGCAGCUCUGAACAGUCGCACUGAAUCUGUACUUCAAACAAUGUCUGAUGCACCGACACAAUUGAGCCAUUCGUUUCGUUCUUUUACGUAAUAGAAAUUCAUAGACUGUCUUUUCUGAUGCAUUGGACUGAAUUUUUACCUCAAAGCGCAAAAGGCCGAUCAUCCUGACGUUUUUAAAGGACUUGGCACGAAAGGUUUCUAUUGAAUAUUUUGCUAGCUAUGGUCUUUAGGUUCCCUUCUCAUCCCAUUAGUUGAUGGUGACGACUGAUUCUCCGUCCUCACGCUGCUUAGUGACUCUGCGUAGUAUGGCGAAACUCCUCCAGUUCAAUGUAAUUGUUCUCUUGUGUGGGGCCAUAGAUUUUUUUAAUGGAGAUUUUAGACUUCACUACUGUAAAUGCCUUUUAACAGACGUAACUUUCACAGGUCUUGCAGUUUUUGUCGGUUUUACUAAUGACCUUUUUAACCUGCAGACUCGGGCUGCAAAGCAAUUGCACUAUUCUGCCAGUUCAGAUCGGUGGUUCCUGUUGUGUGAAUGUGUGACAUACCCAGGUGGUGAUGCCUGUCAGUAGGUUUUAAUUGUAACGGCGACAAAUAAUACUGCCAUGGUAUCAUAACAAACACUGAACCAUCGUUUUCCCCCCUCUAAAAAAGGAAUUUAAAAAAAAAAAAGAAAAAAAAGAAAAAGGAAAAAAAAAUACACAAAAAAAAAAUUAGCUUUUAGAUAUUUUGCAGACUUUUACAAAAGUGCCCACUUUAUGCUGCUGUGUGGUUUGAUAAAUCAAAGUGAUUUUAACACUUUUUUCUCAUAGGAGGUUGAACUUUGGCAAUAAAUAUUUGUUUUCUAAGCCC